CGAUAAUGAAUGGAUUUCGUAGCACUUUUCACGAGAUAGGUUCCUAUCUGUGAAUUACGCUUUGUGCUUCAUUUGUCAAUAAUCGAGGAUAAAGUUAAAUGCCGGAUUAAUUCCUUCGGCAUAGUCUAAGCGAGUUCGAAAAGGAAAAGAGAAAUCCUGAAGCGAUGUGGCGUGCCCCGAAGUUGGCUCUCCGGGCCGAAGUCUUCUUUGUUCAAAUGAAAGUAUUAAUACCGAAGGUUGAAUCGGUUUAACCGCGGAAUACCUUCCUCGAGUACUUUUUAAGUACUUUUCCCUGAAAUUAUACGUCUUCUUCAGGGGUGAAUCCCCCUCCCCCUCCCCGAUAUUUCGUUUUUUUUUUUCAAAAAUGGCAUCACAGAGUCAAAAUGCUAUGAAUGUAAGUUCGAGUGUUUCACCGGCGAAUGGAUCAUCCGGAUCGUCGACAACCAUCUCGGUCUGCACUACGAAGAUGCAGUCUCUUACUUCUACACCAUCCUCACAAUCCUAUCAACAACACUCGUCUCCAUCGUCGUCACCAUCGCCGUCGCCGUCACCGAUGCAGCAACAGCAUCAACAGACUCUACAACAACCUAACAAUAUAGAGGCAAUUGAUAAGAAUUCCUCCAAUACAUUAAAACGUAAUCCAAAAAUGGAAUUAAACAAAACUGAUUUAUUAAAACUAUUAGGGCAUCUUGAAGGAGAAUUACAGGCAAGAGAUAUUGUAAUAGCAGUAUUAAAGUCAGAAAAAUUGAAACAUCUAUUAAGUACUCGAUAUCUGAGUGGGACAUCAGAUCCACAUGCUGCACUUGCACGUGAUAUUGUAUUAGUAGGUAGUGUCAGUGAACAUGAACCAAAUCAAAUAAAUAAACAAGUUGCUACUUUAGAAGCACUUGUGACACAACAAAGAUGUAUGCAGUUUAAAAUGGCCAAAGUUCUUAAAGAAGCAGAGCUUAGGCAUAGAGCAGUUAUUAAGGAAUUAGAAGAAGAAAAACGAAAACACGAACAUGAUACUGCCCAGGGUGAUGAUAUUACAUAUGGAUUGGAAAAAGAAAGGACACGAUUGAAAAAAGAAUUAGAAUUAGAGAAACAAGAAAAAAAAAGACUGGAAUUAGAAUUAAAGAAAGCAAAUGAAACUUUAGAGGAAGAAAAAACUCGACAGAAGCAAAUAGUACUUCUUCUACUUGCUGAACGCAAAAAGAUAAUUAUGAAGUAUAUAGAAGAAAGGAAAAGAUCAGAAGAUUUGGCACAGAUAUUAAGCGAAGAAAAAGUUCGGAUAGAUUCUAUGGCUGAAGGACUCGAAGAAGAAAGUAAAAAGUCAUUACAAAUGGAAGCAGAAUUGGAGAAACAACUUGCGCAAUUUGACAUGGAAAGACAGCAAUAUAAACAAGCCUUAGCAAAAGAAGAAAAGAGGGCUAAAGAUCUCGAAUUAGAAUUAGAUAAACUUAGAACUGAAAUGGAUGUAUGGAAAGAGUCUCAAACACGAGGUUCUCCAAGAGGUGUGGGUGCAACUCCACCACCUCCCCCAGCCAAACCAGUUAAUUUAGUUGUUAUGCCUACAGUUAAGCCUGCUAGUGCACCACAAACAAUUAAAGGUACAGUACUGGGUACUGGGACUCCAAUGGUUAGUAGUAAAGUUGUUCAGCCCACUGCCACGGUAUCUAGUGUUCCUGUCAGCGGUCCAACUACUGGGAUUGCUAGGUCAGUAACUCCUGGGCAGGCAUUACGCGGCGUCACGUACACGUCCAAUAUUACAUCUUCUAGUGGAGAAAAUGCGGCGUCUUCUGAAAAUCAGGCUGUAGACAAACGUGUGGUUGUACCUGCUCCUGUAAAUCCUGGAGGCACGGUAAAACUUAUACCGUCGACACAAGCUACAGGAAAGCUUGGUUUUCAUGUUGGCUCUGGUUCGGCGAUUCAAGCAUCCGGUAUGCUGCCUUCGAAAAAGCCACCAGUAUCUCGCGGUGUUCCUCCUCCAGUGCCGCCAAAUAAGCCGGUAGUACCACCUAAAAAGGAGGCUGCUUAUAUUAGAAGGACUGAGUCUCAAGCAACACAGGACGCCGUAAAACUUGGUAAACAAGGUGCGGCGCAUCCUACUAGUGGACCUACCGCUCCGCAAGUCCAACAGGCAAUAGGAGCUUUUACUCAAGCCUCCGAUGAAGAGGUUAGUAAUAAAGCUCCUCUGCCUUUCUCAUCCGAUUAAUACGGAUGAACAACUUCAACUUCAUUUCAAGUGCCAGCAUCUUAAGUGUUUCUAUGUUCUUGUCUCCUGAUAUAUUCUUUCCUCUUUGUCAAUGACUUUAGAAGUCUCAUCGGGUGCUCAAGAAAGCUACUUAUUUGCACAGGUUGCAAACACGUUGUUAUAUUUUCUAUUUAGGAGGAACUUUAUAAAUAAUUAGAAUUGAAUGACGCUACUUAAUAAAAGGUCAUUAUUUCUUUUAUUAUACUUUUACUUUUUUUUUAUUAUAAUUUUAUAUCAUUACGAUAUUUACGAUAUUUUACAUUUUAUUAAAAUUUUAUAUAUCUUGUAGAAGUUCAAUUGUUCUAUAACAUUCUAUAGCAUCUCAUGUUAAUUAAAUACUUCUAAAAUUAUUAAAUUAUUCUUCCCUUAUCUCGAAUCAUUUUCAUUGCAUAAUUUUUUAACGAACACGUCCUAUUCUUCCUGUUUUCUUAUGUUACAUUAAUUGGUUCUUAAAUAAAAGUUAUUAAUAUUGCCUGUAAAUUAUGGGAGGUUUUUGGUAACGAGAAUGUUCUUUUGAAACUUGCUGCACGAUUAACUUCCUUGAGUAUCCGAUGAAUCGAUAUUGUUCUUCUAUAUGAUCCUUUUUAUACGUGAACGCAAUUCAGAACUCGUGAAUAUGAUUUCAGACAAAGCCACGUUGAUUUAACGGCGGGUACAAAAAAAAAGUAAGCAUUAUUAACGUUUAAGAAAGUCUGAAAGCCGUGUUACACGAAUAAAACUUGGGGUAGUGUGUUUGGAACUACGCAACGCGGGAUUCCAUUAAGCAACGUUUCUGAAUCAACGAAAAGAAACGUUAGUGCUCGAACUACUUGUUCAUCGAUUGAUUAUACAUCGCGUACCAUAAGAUAUCAUUACCUAUAUUGUUAGAUCUCGCCAUCGGACGGAUCUGUGGAUCCAUAGCGAUACAUCACCACAACCAACCACGAAUCAUGCUUGUAACAUUGUACUAUAGUCGAAAGGAAUCAAUCGAAGAAAAGAACGGGAUUAUUUGAACUAUUUAAGGUAGACUCUGUAGAUUCUGUAGUUUAUUAUCCGCGAUCUUUCCGAAUUACACUAAAAGUCAUUAGAUAAAAUUAGUAUCGUUGUAACGUGCUAUUCGUAAGAAAGAACGAUACUGUUAUUAACAGUGGACGUGAAUAAUAAAUGUUUAUGCAACAGGGAGCUAGACCAUGUAAUAUGUUAAUAAAAGAAAUACUUUUAGGUAGGGAAAGAUAUGGAAGGGUUAUUUCACGUUAAAUCAUCCAAUUGCCAAAUUUUCAUCGAAGAUAUCCUUUAUUUUUUUUUUUAAACAUGAUUACUUCAUUGGAUAAAAAUGAUUAUACACUGAGAAUAUGAACUCAUCUUUUACAGGAACAAGGAAGAUUUUAACGAUAUUUUAUUGAUAUUUACCAUAAUUUUCAUAAUUUUUAAAAUACAAUUUAAGCAACUUUUAAUAAAUAUAUACAAGAAUAUUGUUAAAAAUUUCUUGAAACAAUUGAUCGACUUGACGUGAGAUGACUCAACAGUAUAUGCUAUAAUCACUGCCUUGCCUGACGUAAUUGCGUGCAUCGUCAAUAUAUCGAUGAUGUUACGCCUUGGACGAAAGCAUUUUGAACGAAUUUAUUCGAGACAAGCAGCUAAAACAGGAAUAAGUCUGGAAGUGGUUCUUAUCGUGAACUUGUUGAUUUACUCCGGGACAGGUAUUUGAGGAGUUACGAAGGGAAAUCAACUGAACCGUUAUCGUUUCGACAAUACCUAUAUGCAAAGUAGUAUUAUUCGAAGUCCACGCGACCAUCAUAUCCACGUUGAAAUUUCUUCAGAUAUCACGACUGUCGAUAAUUGAUCGCAAAUCAAAGAAACACAGGAGGCAAUUUAUUUUCUAUGUGUUUCUAUGAACGUGAUCGUUUGAUUUGAGAGAAAAUUUCCAAUGAUUCAGGCCAGUCGCGCAAUCAUGAAUGUUGAAUAAUAGUAAUAUCAAUGAUCUUAUUGAUCCACAGUGUUCCGUAAGAUGUAUCUUAUCAGGUGGAACGAGUGAUUUCCGAAUCAAAAAUAAAAGCAGAAAUAUUCUCAGUAUCCUCGUAUGACGCUUGUUUAUUAAUUUUUCUAUUUAUUAAACGCGUAAAUGAAAUAAAUUCGAAUGUCUCUAUUACGCGCAUAUACGCGUCGUUCGUCGUAAAUCUUUUAAAAAGAUUCCAAGCGUACAUACGAGGCUAUUAAGGAUCAUUUUCGGCUGUAAAAAUCUUUUACCUGCCGAGCUCGGUACAUCUUACGAAAUCUCUGUACAAAUUUCGUUCCCACAAUACAGAGUUUAUAACAAGGACAUGAAUAAAAUUAUUCGUUUGUACACAGUUUCUCUUGUAUAAAUUAUAAAUGGAUGGAAUUACGUUCUCAUAAAUGUAUGAAAGAUGUACACGUAUACACAUGCAUACACUGUUACAUAUUCACUUACACACUCGUUCACUCACACAUUCCUGUCGAUAGAUACAGGCGUACACAUACACACAUAGAAGGAAAAGAACGAUGUAUCGGAGUUAUUUAAAGAUGUAUCUCACUUUCCUUUCGUAUACUUUACAUGCGACCGUGAUUUCAUAAAACGUGUGAAAAUAUUCAGUGCGCGCGCGCGUCGAUUGUCUUUAGUGUGCGAGUUCUUUUUUUUUUUUUUUUUUUUUUUUU